AUGUCCGACUCUCAUUUGCUCUCUCAAACUGCGAAUCUCUCAACUGAUGUUCCAGCUUUCUCGCGUGGCACUAAACUUGAAGGUCGCUUGAGCACAUUGGAACUCUUCUGGAGAGAUCAUUAUGACUGGCUUCUUGAAAAAGGGUACCAGCUGCGCUCAAGAUACAGACCGGACUGGAAGCCAUCCUGGGAAGGGACGGGCAAGUUACGGUUCAACUACUCCGAUAACGUUCACCCUACGCACGGUAGUGUCUUGGACGCAGAGCGCUCUUCCGAUGGCGAGCUACUCAUGCUCAAACGCAUUUCAAAAUCUCUGCACCCUUUUGAGGUUGAGAUUGGUCAGCUCUUUUCGGCGAAGCCACUGGCGGACAACCCUCAAAACCAUUGCGUUCCAAUAUACGAGGCCUUACAGACACCUGAUGAUGAUAAUCAAUACAUCCUGGUCAUGCCUCUGUUACGGUCAUUUGAUCACCCCCGAUUUGACACCCUUGGAGAAGCAGUGGAAUUCUUUCGGCAAAUAUUUCAGGGGUUACAGUUUAUGCACCAGCAUCAUGUUGCUCAUCGAGAUGCCACGAAAUUAAACGUCAUGAUGGACGCAAGGCCGCUCUAUCCUGAACGAUAUCACCCCUUCAUGCCGUGGCGUACACUUGACUUGAGUAGACAUGCCAGUCAUUACACGCGUACUCAAAAGCCGGUGAAGUAUUAUUUGACCGAUUUCGGUUUAUCCCGACGAUACAAACCCGAGGAUCGACCCCCACUUGAAGAUAUCAUCGAGGGCGGGGACAAAAGUGUACCCGAAUUCUCUACUUCAGACGCCUGUGACCCGUUUCCCUCCGACGUUUAUACAAUCGGGAACUUAGUUAAGACAUGCUUCAUAGAGGGUGUUGAGUUGGACAGCGUUGGCCAGGGCUUCGAGUUCAUGAAGCCGCUUGUUGCUGACAUGACACAAGAAGAUCCUUCAAAACGCCCGACUAUGGACGAGGUUGUGACGAGGUUCGAGCAGAUUCGGAAGGGGUUGAGCCCAUGGAAGCUUCGAUCCCGAGUAGUCAAGAAAAGGGAUUCUUACGUCGAUGGAGUCUUUCAUGGCAUCCGCCACUGGCGACGACGUCUGGUCUUUAUGAUACAAAACGUCCCGCCGUUACCCACCCCGUAG